UUUUAUUUCCAGGAAGUUUCUCUUUUCAUCAUCAUGAGUCCUGGAAGGGCGCUGUGUUCUGUCCCUUUCACUCCUGACUGGCAAUGACUCUAAAAAACCCCCCACCCAUGAGGAGGCCUUGGAAAUGUCGUCCUAGAAGUAGAGGUGCGGUCACUGCUCUCAGGAGAAGCUGAAAACACAGUCAUCAGCCCUAGGAGAGGGGUUUUCUGCACUUCCUUGGCCAUUGCUGGCCUCUGGGGUGUUUCAAGUUUUUCUGGAAAACAGGAUCAUUCUGUGGAGUGAGUCUCAGGACCUUGACACAGGAGGAACAAAACUUUUCUUGCUUUUUUGGUGCACCCUGGGCUGAAAUAAGAAAACCACUAGGGGUGAGUCUGCAAAGCAGCAACCACCCAGGUGAGCAGAGUGGUGGGAAGGAUUUAAAAAAAACAGGUGGAGAAGAGCACUUUCUCUCUCUCAGAUAAGAUCUCAUUCAGUGGGGAGAACCAUGCAUGCUCAGGAUGGGAUGCCUGCCUCAGAAUCCCCUGGGAUAUGGAUUUCCACCCCACCCAUCUUCUGCUACAGCAAUGGAAUUGGUUUCUAUAAAGGUGGGACUGAGGUGCUGGGCAGGUUGACUAUCACCUCCCAAGUGAUGAAGCAGCUGGCUGGGGAUGUGGAUGGGAAGGAGCUCAGAGGCUGCCCCAAGCUCCUCCCAGCACAAAACUGAAAACCAGACCCUUCUGACCCUAAGAAGCUGUCGAGGGCUUCCCGGCUCCUCCUGUGAGAAAAGAGACUCAAUGAAGCAGGGCUCAGAUUAGUGAAUCCCCAAAGGCAUUCCCAGCUGCCCUGAAGCUGCGGUUCUCAGCGUGUGAGCCACAAACCAGCAUCACUGGCAUCACCUGGGAUCUUGUUAGAAAUGCAAGUUCUGAUCAGGAGCCGUGGCUCAGGCCUAUAAUCCCAACACUUUGGGAAACUGAGAUGGGAGGAUCGCUUGAGGCCAGGAAUUCGAGACCAGCCUGGACAACAUGACAGGGUCUUGCUCUGUCACCAGGCUGGAAUGCAGUGGCACGAUCUCUGCUCACUGCAAGCUCUGCCUCCUGGGUUCAAGUGAUUCUCCUGCCUCAGCCUCCCAAGCAGCUGGGACUACAGAAGGAAUCAUUUCACCUGUCACACAUCCUUGCAGAAAGGACCUUUUGCCAGGCCUGGAUGUAAACAAACCUCAGAGAGGCCCAGUCCACGGGAUCAUGUCUGGGGCCCCGGAGGAGCGAGGGCAGCAAAGAAGAAUGGACAAUGGGCUCCAUGCAGACCUCUGCAACACACUGGAGCCUGAGCCCACUGCUGCAGGACCCAUCAACUACAAGGAGGAGGGAGAAGGUGUAUGCACCCCCCCACAACUCUCCCAUGAUCUCCAUGGAGACCCAAAGAUAGACACUGCAGCACCCAGCAAAGACAUGGUACUUGGUGUUGGAGUGUGGAUAUGAGUCAUGGAACUCUGGGGCUAUGUUGCUGCCAGGUAAGAAUCUGUUCUAGGAAGGACAAAAUCAAUGGACAUAGAAAGGCAGACUGGAGGAGAAGGGAAAGGGAGCUGAGCCCUGCUGAUAGAGUAAACCUCUGGAUUAAACUAUGCCUGAAGCCCA